AUGUUAAGAGCAGCCGCUGCAGCGGCAAGGGGGAAUAUCUAUAAAAGAACCCCCAUAGCUCUCGAUACACUCCGUGCUGCUGCUCGUGCUGCUGCACCUGCAGCAGCAGCAACAGCAACAGCAACGGCAACAAGUACUGCAGCAACAACUGUUGCUUAUGCUGCUGCAAAUGAGACAGCUCGCUUUGCCUCUUCCUAUAGGAGGCCCACGAAGAUCGCCCAGCAGCCACACCAACGACUGCUGCAGCAACAGCAACUGCAGCAACAGCAGCAGCAACCGCAGCAGCAGCAGCAACGAGGGCUUGCAUGCGAGAGUACUGCUGCCCUCAUCAGGCAGCUGCAGGGGCAGCUGGACAGCAGCAAGUUUACUUCACAGAAGGAAGGCUGUGUUAUCGAAGCACUAGGAGACUUGUGUUUAUGUGAAGGACUUGAAGGAGCAAGACUAGGCGAUUUGGUGCUGCUGAAGAACACAAAUGCUGCUGCUGUUGUGCUGCAGCUGCUAACAAAUCAUGUAGUUGUGGGGCAGCUGCAGGGGACAGCAGCAGCAGCAACUCCUGCUGCUGCUGCUGCUGCUGCAGGUAGUUGGGGUGGUGCAGCGGCAGCACCACCAACAGCACAAUGCAGUUUUGAUGAGUUGCUGCGGCGGCUGCAGCAGCAACAGCAGAUCCCAAUAGAGACCCCAUGCAAACUUUCAGAUGCUGCAUGCAGCAGCAACAGCAGCAGCAGUAGCAGCAGCAAGGAAUUUUGGGAGGAAUGUGGUGUAUCCGUUGAGCUGCUGUCAGCUGCUGACGCGCUGCUGCAGCUGCACCAGGAAGCCACAGCAGCAGCAGCAGCAGCAAAUCUGCAGCGUCCUCCACCGGCCUUGCCCAUAUGGGGCCCUCAGCAGCAGCGCAGGAGCAACAACAACAGCAGCAGCAGCAGCAGGCCGCUGCUUCUGUCUGGGUGGGCCCCUUUAGAUAGUUUGCUGCCGCAGCAGGCAGGGGACGUGCUGCUGCUGCAAGGACCCCAAGGAGAUGGGAAGACAGCGGUGCUGCUGCAGAGUCUUGCAUCAUGGCUGCAGCAACUAUCAGCAGCAGCUGCUGCUGCAGCGCCAGCAGCAGCACCAGCCGAGACACCAGAGGCGGCAGCAGUGCUCGUACUCUUGGGAAUGUCUCCUUCUGCCCUAAAGGAAAAGUUACUGCUGCUGCGCAGAGCCCUCGGUGCUGCGGCAGAGCAGCAGCAACAGCAGCAGCGUAUUCAACUGAAGGUGGUGUACGUACACCCCGCAGCGCAUACUGCUGUGUCAGCCUUUGCGGCGCCUCUAAUAGGCCUGCGUCUGGCGCAGGUGCUGCAGCGCAGCAGCAGCAGCAGCAGCAGCAGCAGCAGCAGCAGGACUGCAGGUGUGGUGUUUGUAGUUGAUGGGCUUGAGGCCCAUGAGGAAGGUGCAGCAGGAAUUGCUGCUGCGCUGCAGCAGCUGCUGCCAGCAGCAGAGAGACAAUUAAGUAGUCCCUUUGGCCUCCGCCAUUCUAUAUACGGUGUCAUUGCAUGCGAUGAUGCAGGCACUGCAGCAGCAAUGCGGCAUCUGCAGCAGCAGCAGCAGCAACGGCAGCAGGUCAUGCCACUAACCCGUAUCUUCUCUGUUAACACAACUGGGACGGAACCCGCAGCAGCAGCAGCAGCAGCAGCUACUGGCUGCCACGGCGAUGCUGCUGUUGCUGCUUUAACCCCGUUGGUAAGCUCGAGUAUUCCCUUCACUACUCCUAUCAGCAGCAGCAGCAACAGCAGCAGCAGCAGCAGCAGCGCUGUGAUCCCCGCAGUGGAUUGGAAAGGACUGCUGCAGCAGUCUCCUCAUUGGGCAUUGGCUGAGCAAUUUGCCUCGUUAACAAGCUGCUGCUUCUCUCCUGCAUUUGCUGCUGACGCUGCUGAUGUUACGGUGCUGCAGCAGCAGCAGCAAGCUGCACUGGAUGUUGCAGAGACUCUCAUUCGAGGGAGCCGCAGCAGCAUCUACUGCAGCACGACAGCAGCAGCAGCAACGCAGCCGCUGCUGCUACGGAUUGCUGCUGCUGCGUUUCUAUGGCAGCAACAGCGCGUCCAGUAUGAGGGACCCAGGCAGCAGCUGCUGCAGCGCCUAGGCCUCCACGUAGAGGAUCAGGAAGCAGGGGAGAUGCGGAGUUUGCAGCUUGCUGCUGCAGUUGUUACAGUAAAGCAGCAGCCAAGAAGCCUGUCGCAGCAGCUGCUGCUGCUUCGCGCUGCUGCCUUCUACUAUUUCGACCCCUACAGCAGCAGCAACAACAACAACAGAAACAGCAGCAGCGUGGUAUCCAAAGCAGCAGCAUUUUGCCAGCAGCUACUAGAUCAAUUCCCUGCAGCAAAUCCCCAGCUAUGGGCUGAAGUUGAAGACCAUCUGCGGUGUACAGGCACGGCAGCAGCAGCAGCAGCAGCAGCAGCAGCAGCGCCUCCUGAAGCAGCUGCUGGUGCUCUGCAGCAGCUGCAAGACCCUCGAGAGGAAGCUGCUGCUGCACUUCUGUUGCUGCGACGAAUAGACGAGGCCCUCUUCUCCCUCCGUGAAUAUCUCCCUUUAACCCGAACUGUACGCGGAUGGGGCCCCCCGCAGUACCCUACGGUACCCUAA